AAGCACAUGGCAUCUAUGUUCUCUCACAUCCUAUCCCUGAGGGAAGGAGAAGGGAUUUGUUCCUCAGUUUCCAGAUCAGGAAACAAGAGUCCAGAGGAGGUAACGUAUUUAUGCACCAAAGAAACAGGUCCUCUUUUUAGGCAGUGUCUGAACCACUGAGGAAAAACUGCCUAAGGAGAAGUGGGUAUUUAGGGCCCAUUCUUUAACCGAUACCACUACCCCUCAAUCCCCCCAGAGCCUCACCUCCGGUGUUGGCUUGGUGAAGGUGAUGAGUACCGGCACAAGUACAGCCAGAGAAAAGGGCUUGCAAAGCUUUAAUGCUCAUCAAAAUAAUAUUUAAUAGGUAUCUUUCACAGAGCACUUGGCCGAGUGCUGGGGAAACAACUAUCCUUGCUCUCCAAGAGAAGUUUUAGGAGAAAGAAGAGGGGCAUAUGUAGGUAUAUAUGGAACAUUUCCAAAUACAAAAGGAGGGUGGGGCAGUGUUGAAUGUACUCUGUACUUGUGUGACCUUGGACAAGUGACUGAUUAUUGGACCUCAGGUUCUUUUAUCUGUAAGUGAAAAGAUUACACUAAAAGAUCUAGGAUAUUCCUUCCGGUUCUAAGAAAUUGAUUCAGCUUGUCACAGCAGGACUGAGAUGCUUUUAGUGCCCAGAAAAAAAGAGCUGCUUUUGCUUUCUCCUUUCACCAAAGACCAGAAUAAAAAGGAAUGAACUUUAAAAUGUGGCAGGCAGGAUUGAGGCACGAUGCAAGAACCUAUUUGGGAUUUUAGGGACAAAGGAGUGCUUCUUCAGGAAUAAGACAAUCUCCAAUUCCCAUGUUUGAGCAAAACGAAGUUCAUGCCUUAAUCAGAACUUCGGAGCCAAGGACAGCCCCCUGGAAGUUCUGCUCCAUUCACCAAGUGUUAAGAGUUCUAAAAGUCUUGGAAAAGAAAGAAAGGUCCAGCUUUCACAUCUAUCCUUCAGUCCUCCCUCCCCCUGGGUUAAAAUACUAUGUAAAGUGACCCAAUGGGCAAUGGAAAGAAGUAUUGUGAGACCAGAUGUAGACCAUUCAGCUAGCAAGAAUAGGGAUUAAUAGAUGGAUGUUGUUUUUUUUUUUUAAACGCAGGAGGGAACAGAAAAAGCUCCAGGACUUUGGGUGCAUGGGCAGGAAGGACAGGAAGCAAAAAAGCAGUAAUACCCACAGCAAAGAGUUGUUUGAGCAAGGAUCCAUGGCUUGCAAUGAGCAUCAGCCACCACUGGGUGGCAGCAGCACUCCACCUUACACACUAGUGUGUCAGGAAGAUCAUCCUCAGAAUUCUAAAAGGGUUCCCGUACAACAGCAAUCCCCUAAACGUGGACGUCUCCUAAACUCUACUUUCCCAUCACUGCAGAUCCCAAAGCACUACAUUUGCUUAAGGGUGGCACUUGGUCAGUAAUCCUGUCUUCUUGACUCCCAGCUACAGUCCAGAUUUUCAGUCUGCUUCCAACCCCAAGCCAGAAGGGGAUACAAGAGGUGGGAGGAGUAGGGAAGAAGCUUCCAUAGGGGAAGCCUAGGGCUCGAUUUUCCUUACCUUUAACCUUUCCUUCUUGUCUCCUCACGUGAAUCUGAGUGAUUUAGGAGUCUCCAGAAAUAACCAGGUUAUUAAAUUCAGCCCACCUUUAACCCAAAUGGAAGGUCUCCCCACCAUCCGUGGGUUAGAGCUGCUCCCUCUUCCAAAUCAUAUCCCUUCCAUUCCAAUGCAGGGCAUCCUUCCUCCCCCAGAUUUUCCCCAAAUGCCUUUUGGAGGAGUGCUACAGGGGGUGCGGAACAAAACAACCAGUCAGAAGUUUCCAACCUGUUGUUGAGGAAUAGCCAGACUUUGACAAAAUGCCUGCAAUUAAUGAGUUUCUUAAACUCAGGAGACAAGAUUUAAGUGUUUAAUAAAGUCAAGAACGCCAGGCUUUGGGGCUGAGGGCCUGGGGCUGAGAGCUAGGAGUCCCAGGAGUGCCAUGGGAGGGGAUCCCAGGCGGCCGUUAAUGGGCCUGAGCGUUUCCGUUGCCAGCUCAGCCCCCACGCUCCCACCUCCUCUUCGGGGGGGUGGGGGGAGGACAGCAGGUAUAAGAGGCGGGUGUGGCAGACAGGCAGGCAAGAGACAGAGAAGGCAAUAUGGACGCUAGAAGCGUGGCUGUGCUGCUGUUGCUGGUGACGGUGGGCAGAGGCCAAGCUGAAGGACCAGGGGCUACCAAGGAGGGCGUUGGGGACCAUAUGCUCAUGGAGGAAGACAACGGACCCCCCCCUAGACGGGAUGCUCAGACACCCGUGUCUGUCCUGCAGUCCUUGCUGCAAGCCAUGAAGAGACCCGGCCGGAGCCCAGCCUUCCUGUUCCAGCCCCAGAGGUUUGGCCGGGAUGCCCGGAGGAGCCCUGGCAGACAGGGGCUGAGUCUUCAGGCUGGGGAGGCUCCUCUGUUCUGGAGCCUGGCUGCUCCACAACGCUUUGGGAAAAAGUGAUGAUGUUGCACCCAACCAGUACGUUUUUGCAUGCAAAGCCCACAUAGAUGCCCUUUGUCCUAAUAAAAGCAUCUUAUUACCA